GCGCCGUCGCCGGCCCCCUCCCCGCGUUCGCCGCUCGCCUACCCUCCCCUGCCGGCCGGGCACCCGAUCGCUUCCCGCCACGGCCUGGCCGCUUCAGGGGGAGGCGCCAACUCGUCGCGGCGCCGGGCCCCCGACGGAGCAGUAACCGCGACCCAGGAAGCGGAGCGGACGCGGCGUGGGCCUGCGCUGAGCCAGUACAGGCCACUGUCUCAUCCCUGAAGAUGUUAGAUGUUGGCAAGUGGCCAAUCUUCUCCCUUUGUUCUGAGGAAGAACUGCAGUUAAUCCGGCAGGCUUGUGUCUUUGGCAAUGCUGGUAAUGAAGUCUUAUACAGCACUGUGAAUGAUGAGAUCUUCGUGCUUGGCACAAACAGCAGUGGCUGUUUGGGCUUAGGCGAUGUCCAGAGCACGAUUGAACCUCGGAGACUGGAUACUCUAAGUGGCAAAAAGAUAGCCUGCUUCAGCUACGGGAGUGGCCCACAUGUUGUCCUUGCCACCACAGAAGGAGAAGUCUUUACCUGGGGUCACAAUGCUUACAGCCAGCUGGGCAAUGGCACAACUAAUCAUGGUUUAGUGCCCUGUCAAAUCUCCACUAAUCUGUCAAACAAGCAAGUCAUUGAAGUUGCCUGUGGGUCGUACCAUUCCUUGGUGCUGACAUCUGAUGGAGAGGUAUUUGCCUGGGGCUAUAAUAACUCUGGGCAGGUGGGAUCUGGCCCAACAGCCAAUCAGCCCAUCCCUCGAAGAGUCACUGGUUGCCUACAGAACAAAGUCGUCGUGAACAUAGCAUGUGGGCAGAUGUGCUCCAUGGCAGUCGUGGACACCGGGGAGGUCUAUGUCUGGGGCUACAAUGGAAACGGGCAGCUUGGACUUGGCAGUGGUGGCAACCAGCCCACCCCCUGCAGAGUAGCCGCUCUGCAAGGCAUUCGAGUGCAGCGGGUUGCCUGUGGCUAUGCACACACGUUAGUAUUAACAGAUGAAGGCCAAGUGUAUGCUUGGGGCGCCAAUUCUUAUGGCCAAUUAGGCACCGGCAAUAAAAGUAACCAGUCCUACCCUACUCCUGUGGUUGUAGAAAAGGACAGGAUCAUUGAGAUCGCAGCCUGCCACUCUGCGCACACGUCCGCCGCCAAGACCCAGGGCGGGCACGUGUACAUGUGGGGCCAGUGCCGGGGCCAGUCGGUGAUCCUGCCUCACCUCACCCACUUCUCCUGCACCGACGACGUCUUCGCCUGCUUCGCCACGCCCGCCGUCUCCUGGCGCCUGCUCUCCGUGGAACCUGAUGACCACCUCACUGUGGCUGAGUCGCUGAAGAGGGAAUUUGACAACCCGGACACCGCAGACCUCAAGUUUCUGGUUGAUGGAAAGUACAUUUAUGCACAUAGAGUCCUUCUCAAAAUUAGGUGUGAGCAUUUUCGUUCCUCAUUGGAAGACUGUGAGGAUGACAUCAUAGAGAUGAGCGAAUUUUCAUAUCCCGUCUUCAGAGCCUUCCUGGAGUAUCUGUACACAGACAGCAUCAGCCUUUCCCCGGAGGAAGCCGUAGGACUGCUGGACUUGGCCACAUUCUAUAGAGAAAACCGUUUGAAAAAGCUCUGUCAGCAAACUAUCAAGCAAGGCAUCUGCGAGGAGAACGCCAUUGCCUUGCUCUCAGCCGCAGUGAAAUAUGACGCCCAGGAUUUAGAAGAAUUCUGCUUCAGAUUCUGCAUCAACCAUCUGACUGUGGUAACACAAACUUCAGGCUUUGCCGAGAUGGACCACGAUCUCCUGAAGAACUUUAUCAGCAAAGCAAGCAGAGUGGGAGCCUUUAAAAACUGACGCCCGCUGGCAGGAAAGGGAAGGGUUUGGGGAGCCUUCCAUCUCCUCUGCAGAA